UUUUUGCAGGAUUACAUAGCGGUGAAGGGUAAAUCGGCGAAAUAUUUGCCGCACAGUGCUGGCCGCUAUCAGGUGAAGCGUUUCCGUAAAGCGACAUGUCCACUGGUUGAACGUCUUGCGUCCACAAUGAUGAUGCACGGUAGAAACAAUGGCAAGAAGCUGAUGACCGUUCGCAUUAAUCCGGUGCAGGUGCUUGUGCAUGCAGUGAUAAACAGCGGGCCUCGAGAAGAUUCGACACGUAUCGGUCGUGCGGGUACCGUCAGGCGACAAGCUGUGGACGUAUCGCCUCUUCGACGCGUCAACCAGGCGAGCAGCUUACACUUUUUUGCUACUUAA